AUGUCGAAUAAAACUACUUCCACUACCAUACCAUCAUCAGGCUCAGGUAAAGUAUAUUCAGCACAAGUUGAUAAUGUUCAUGUUAAAUCAGUUGUUCAAACUGAAACACAAUCAAUGGCUAGUAUUGAAAAUACCAAGAAAAUAACUAAUUGUAUGCCUCAUCUUGAUCCAACACAUCUUCAAAGUGACGAAUAUUCACAUAAACUUAUUGAAGAAAUUAAUGAAGCUGGUCUUGAACUAAUUAAAAUAGUUGUUGGUGAAACACAAUUACAACAACAACAACUUCUUGCUGAUGCUAAUUUACAAAUUCAAAAUGAUUUUAAACGUAAAUUACCACAACAUAUUGCGAAACUUGAUUCUGAAAAAGAAUUUAGUAUUCGACACGAACGUUUUCUUAAAUCUGCUCAUAAAUGUUUUAAUGAUGAUCUUUAUGAAGAUAAUUCUUUGAAAUUGAUGAACAUGGAUGAUUAUAUGGCUGAUGACAUCGAUAUUAUUGCCGAGUUGGAUGAUGGUGAAAAUUAUGAAACAAUUUUUCGUCGAUACGUGAUUGUUCCUAUUCCAGCUAUUGAACUUGCUCCAACUGCUGAACUUGCUUCAGCUGUUUCAAGUGCUGAACUUGCUCCAGCUGUUCCAAUUGCUGAAUUUGCUCGAGUUGAACCACGUUGUAAUCGACAUUAUUUUACUUGUGGCAUAACUGGUUUAUUAAUUGGUAUAGUUAUAAUGAAAUUGGUGAAAUGA